AUGUUCUCCAGUCUCCGCCGCCUCCCCGGCAGUGGCGACCACGGCCCUCUGCACCCGGGAUCUAAUCGGACUCUCCCCCUCUUUCUCUUCCUCCUCCUCCUCCUCCACCUCGCAGAAUUCCCUUCCGUUUUUGCCCUCGACUUCCUCUUCAAUUCCUUCAAUGUCACCUCCACCGGCUCCAUCAACCUCAUCGACGACGCCCGAAUCGAGACUCCGGUGAUCCAACUCACCAACGACUCGAACCAGUUCUCUAUCGGCCGGGUCUUCCACGUCUCGAAAAUCCAGAUGAAACCCGGUUCAAAUUCCACCACACUUUCCUCAUUUUCAACUUCUUUUAUCUUCUCGAUCUUGCCCGAGAUCAGCACGAGCCCCGGGUUCGGCCUCGUGUUCGUGCUUUCCAACUCAACCCAACCAGACGGCGCCAUCUCGGGUCAGUAUUUCGGGAUAUUCUCCAACGCCACCGUCCCCUCUGUCGCCCCAAUCCUUGCCGUCGAGUUUGACGUCGGGCAAAACCAGAAUUCAACGACCGGAAUGACAACCACAUCGGAAUUGAUCUCAAUAACGCCGAAUCCGUGGUAG